AUGUCCCACAGAAAGUACGAACAGCCAAGACACGGUUCCCUGGGUUUCCUCCCAAGAAAGAGAGCUGUCAAGCAAAGAGGUAGAUGUAAGGCUUUCCCUAAGGAUGUCAAGUCCAAGCCUGUUGCUUUGACUGCCUUCCUUGGUUACAAGGCUGGUAUGACCACCAUCGUUAGAGACUUGGACAGACCAGGUUCUAAGAUGCACAAGAGAGAGAUCGUUGAGGCCGCUACCGUCGUCGACACUCCAGAGCUUGUUGUUGUCGGUGUCGUUGGUUACGUCGAGACCCCAAGAGGUUUGAGAUCUUUGACCACUGUCUGGGCUGAGCACCUUUCUGACGAGGUCAAGAGAAGAUUCUACAAGAACUGGUACAAGUCUAAGAAGAGAGCCUUCACCAAAUACUCCGAGAAGUACGCUAACAGCGCUGCCGAGAUCGAGAAGGAGCUUGCUAGAAUCAAGAAGUACUGUUCCGUCGUUAGAGUUCUUGUCCACACCCAAAUCAGAAAGACCCCAUUGACCCAAAAGAAGGCUCACUUGGCUGAGAUCCAGGUGAACGGUGGUUCUGUUUCCGACAAGGUUGACUGGGCCAAGGAGCACUUCGAGAAGACCGUCUCCGUUGACUCCGUCUUCGAGCAAAACGAGAUGAUCGACGUCAUUGCUGUCACCAAGGGUCACGGUUUCGAGGGUGUCACCCACAGAUGGGGAACCAAGAAGCUUCCAAGAAAGACCCACAGAGGUACCAGAAAGGUCGCCUGUAUCGGUGCUUGGCAUCCAUCCCACGUUAUGUGGACUGUUGCCAGAGCUGGUCAAAGAGGUUACCACCACAGAACCUCUAUCAACCACAAGGUCUACAGAAUUGGUAAGGCCGGCGAUGAGGCUUCCGGUGCUACCGAGUUCGACAGAACCAAGAAGACCAUCACCCCAAUGGGCGGCUUCGUCAGAUACGGUGCCGUCAACAACGACUUUGUUCUGUUGAAGGGAUCCAUCCCAGGUCCAGUCAAGAGAGUCAUCACCUUGAGAAAGUCUCUGUACGGCCCUACCAACAGAAGAGCCCUGGAACAAGUCAACCUCAAGUGGAUCGACACUGCCUCCAAGUUCGGUAAGGGUAGAUUCCAGACCCCAGCUGAGAAGCACGCCUUCAUGGGUACCCUCAAGAAGGACCUUGAGAAAUAG